CGAGGCGGCAUCCCGCAAAACCUUAUAACGCAUGUAUACAUUAUUAAGCGGCUUAUACAAUCAUCUCACUCGAAAAGAAGAAUACUAUGUCCUGAUUAUUGGGCUGGAUAAUGCAGGAAAAACCACGUUGUUGGAACGCAUAAAAUCCGUAUUUAUGGGCGUAUCAAGCCUGCCACCUGAUAAAAUAGCGCCCACCGUCGGUCUAAACAUUGGCCGGGUCGACAUCAAAUCGUCGAGAAUCAACUUUUGGGAUUUAGGCGGGCAACGCGAUCUUCAAUCGUUAUGGGAACGUUACUACAGCGAAUGCCAUGCUAUUGUAUUCGUUGUCGAUUCAACUGAUAGUAAACGAUUGGAAGAGUGCAAAGAUACCUUUGAAAAGAUGAUUACCAAUGACGCAGUAGAAGGUGUGCCUUUGCUCAUGUUGGCCAACAAACAAGAUUUACCGGAUGCUUUACGCGUGGAAGAGAUCAAGGAAGUCUUUAACAAGAUUGCCGUUAAACUAGGCGCUCGCGAUUCAAGGGUGCUGCCUGUCAGUGCACUGGAAGGACAUGGUGUGAAGGACGCCAUCGACUGGCUUAUAUUACGACUGCAACGUAACAAAAUGAAUCGUCCACCCAUAUUUCGCUAAUACCAUCGAUAACACCCUUGUCGACCUUUUUCUUUUGGCCGAUGAAGUAUUUCUCUUUCUGCGAUCCGCAUCAUAUGCUUACAUCUUUCUUUUUCAUCUCAUCUUAUUUUUUUCUGCGAUUUAUUCAUUCAAAACAAUAUCGUCUCCACUUUUGGCGUUUUUAUAUUUCUUUUGUGUUUACCGCCAACGUCAGGGACUACUUAUCACCGUAACACAAUCAACCUAUUGAGUUACCGUUGUUUGG